CCUCCCACCCGUCCAGCGUAAAGAUGGCUGCCUCGGCGGCGGCGGCGCGCUCCGCGCCCGGGUUGUGCCCAGCCUUCGCCGUCGUCUGCUCCUUUCUGGAGCGCUACGGCGCCCUGCUGGACCUGCCGGAGCUCUCCAUCCCGCAGCUGGAGCGCUAUCUCCAGGAGACGGCGGCAGUUCCCAAACUGCUGGUAGACCUUCAUGUGAAGUUGUUGAGGAAAAUAGGCAAGUCUGUUUCUGCAGACAGGUGGGAGAAGUAUCUUGUAAAGGUAUGUCAGGAGUUUAAUACCACAUGGGCAUGGGAGCUGGAAAAAAAGGGCUAUUGCGAGAUGACACUGGAGUGCAAGACAGGAAUCCUUAAGUACUUAUGUGAAUGCCAGUUUGAUGACAAUGUCAAGUUCAAGACUGCCAUCAAUGAAGAAGACCCAGAUAAAAUGCGCUUGCAGCCCAUUGGCAGAGACAAAGAUGGUCUCAUGUACUGGUUCCAGUUGGACCAGGACCACAAUGUGAGGGUCUAUGUGGAGGAGCAGGACGACCUUGAUGGAUCAUCCUGGAAAUGCAUUGUGAGAAAUCGGGACGAUUUGGCUCAGAUCCUCGGACUGCUGAAGACUCAGAUUGAUCCUGCACUGCUGGUGAAGAAGGAUCAGGAGGAAGGCUCAUCUAGUAACAGUCCAAGCCCAGAGGAUGAGGAGAACAAAAAGAAAGAAGAUAAUGGAGAGGUCAAGAAAGAAAAUGAUGUGGAUGAAGAGAAUCCAAAAGAUGGAUGUACUCUCUCCCCUAAGAUGGAAAAAGAAGGUACAUUUUCACAAAAUGAUCAUUUGAAACAAGAGACCGCAGAGGAAAAAGAACAGAAAGACAACCAAGACACUAAAGAGGGGCUCAGACUUCAGCAUGAAAAGCCUGGAAAUGAUGCAGUCAUUACCCACGUGGUCAAAAAGGAGUCUGUGGAGGAAGCACUCAAAACCUCAUCAGAUUCACACUCGGAAAAAGGCUGUGGUCAGCUUCCUCCAGAACAAACAGAGGAGUUGAAGAAGAGGCCUGCGAAUGAAGUACACAGAGUAAUGAAAAAUGAUCAACAGGCAAAGAUCCCCUUGAAAAAGAGGGAGAUGAAACUGAGUGAGGACUUUGACAGCACCCCUAGUGGUGGCUGCGUUAUUGUGCAUAACCCAGUUGUGAAAGAACUGCAGGCAGCCAGUGGGGAGAAUGGGUGGGACAGUGAUAAACUCAAUGGCGAUGUCUCACAUACAGCAGUGGAGGGUGAAAGACGCAACAUCUCUGCGCUAAAGCAGGAAGAACCGGUGCCGGCUCUCUUGGUAACUCGGGUGGAUACCUGUGGAACAGAGGACCUUCCUGACACAGCAAAACCAAAGGAAAAGGAUCAGGAGAAGCAACAGAAAGAGGAGGAUAUUGCGACCAAUAAGACGCAGACCAGUGUGGAAGAGCCCAUGGAAGUGGACAAAUGCAAGGAAUCUGAUUCCAACGGGGAAUCCACAGUCAUGAAAGAGGAUCAAAAAGCUUCACCAAAGCAACUCACUCCGUUAACUGAAAAGUCAUCUGAAGCUGAAGGGAUGCUUUUGCCAACUGGUGUGGAAAAGGCUGAUGAGUCAUCACAUAUAGGUACUGCAGCAGAACAUUCAGAACAUCCCACCAUGGAAAAGCCUGAGGAACCUGUUGCCAUGGAGACCACAGAACAUUUAGAACCUCCUGCCAAGGGUAAGUCUGAGGAACCAGGUUCUGUGGAGACCACAGAACAUUCAGAACCUCCUACCAAGGGAAGGCCUGAGGAGGCUGCUGCCAUGGAGACCAAAGAGCAUUCAGAACCUCCCACCAAGGAAGAGCCUGAAGAACCUGGUGCCAUGGAGACCACAGAACAAUCUGAACCUGAGAAAAAAGAGAGUUCAGUGAUUUUAAAGGAGAAUCUGCCUUGUCCAAAAGACACGGGAGAUGUGGUGGAAAACAAACUCAAAGAAACAAAAGACCUGCCAGACCAGACAAAUGAAACAAAUGCUCUAAUGUUAGAAAAGAAAGCAGGCGCUUAUAAUGAAGCAGUGACAUCACCUGCUCCAAUGGAGAUUCAGAGGGCCACAUCUUUGGAAGAAAAGUCCCAAGCCUGUAUGAAACAGAAGUCCUCCACACAAGAAGAGGUUGAGAAAUCUGUUGUUAACAAUGAGAUUGAGAAAGGGUUUGCUCUCCAAGACAGCGCAACACCCUCUGCUUCGGAAGAAAACAAAACAGACCGUCGUACUGUUGAUGAAAUUUCGUCUUCUGUAGUAACGGUCUGUGCUUCAAGGGAGGACUUCAAAGAGCCUGAACUCCCUUUGGAAUCCCCUAAACAGACUGAAAAGCACCAGGGUCCUACAGAUGAUAAACUCACAGAGGAAAGCAAAGAAUCCACUGCUUUAAUGGAAGACAAAGCAUUCCCUGAGGAUGCAGACAUUUCUAAUGAGAAGUCAUCUUCCCCAAAAGUAAAUGAAGCCCCUAAUGACUCUGAAAAAACAACUGUUUGUGAAGAGACAAAUAAUGACCCCACAAUAAAACAACCUUUGAAAUCACUUAACAAUCAGAUAACGGUCACAGCAGAAGGAGAUAAAAUCUCCAAAGUAACUGUGUCGGUAGCUACCCUGGAAGAAUUGGCAGAUGAAGAAGCAUCUAAAGAUGUCCUUAAAGAGACAGUGAAGUCUCCCUCCCCUGAAAAAUCCCAAGUAGAUACUCAUAAGGAAGCAGAAGGUAAUGAAGAUGACACAAUCAAGAUGACUUCAGAGUGCACAAAAACUGAAGAAAUACGCUCAACUAGUGUUGAGGGCUCAGGACAGAAGGUAGACGAUUGUUCAUCUGACAUCACUUCAGCAGCAUGUGAUGCUCGAUCCCGGACUGAGGCUCUCGGCAAGCAGGAUCGGCUAGAUCAGUCUACAGCCAAGGACGAGCACUCCGAGGAGAGCAGGGUUUCUUUAGAACGUUCAAAACCAGACAGUAGGCUACGGGAGGAGCACCAAAGAGACAGUGAACCGAAAAGUGACUCUGAGAAGGAGACGCAUGUCAUUGGUGAAGCUCUGGAAGAGAACAAGGCAGGACAGAACCUAGAUGGGGAAAAGAAUGAGGCAGAGCUGAGUAAGGAGGAUGGUGCAGAUGGCAGCGUGCCAUCUGAGGUGUCACAGGAGGGAAUCCGUCUCAAAAUCAAGGUUCCAGUGCACAGGCGGAAGGUAGAGCUGCAGCGAGAAGAGAGCAAGGGAGACUCCGAGUCAGAAGCCAGCGAAGGACGGUGUCUGAGAAGGUCGCCGAGGAUCUGCAGGCCCACGGCCAAACUGGCAGAGAUCCAGGACCGGAAGCUGGAGAGGAAGCAUGCCGCAUCUUUGGCAGAGAAGGACAAGGAUGAACAUGAAGAAAAAGAGAGCGAGGAAAAUCCCGUACAGAAAAGACCAAAGGAGAGGAAGACGGACCCAGAAGGCCAAACCAAGCCAAAGGGGAGACGCCGCCGGCGGACGCGAUGGUCCAGCACCCGCUCCCGGCGUAAAAAGAAAGGCUCGGAUGACGACGACGACGACAUGACUUCAAGCGAGGAGGAAGAGACCGAAGAAGAUGACAGUGAUGAAGAUUACAAGGUGGAGAAGGCCAGAAAGAGGAGGAGGAACCGCAACAGGGAGCGGAACAGCUCGGACUCUUCUACCUCGUCAGAAGAUGACCUCCCAAACGAUGACCCCUGCAAACACUGCGGCCUGCCCAACCAUCCAGAGCUAAUUCUGCUCUGUGACUCGUGCGACAGCGGCUAUCACACGGCUUGUCUGCGGCCUCCCCUCAUGAUCAUCCCCGAUGGCGAGUGGUUUUGUCCACCCUGCCAGCAUAAACUGCUUUGUGACAAGUUAGAAGAACAGCUACAAAAUCUAGAUGCAGCACUUAAAAAGAAGGAACGUGCAGAGCGAAGGAAAGAGCGUCUGGUGUACGUCGGGAUUAGUGUUGAGAACAUAAUUGCACCUUCUGUUGAGGUAGAGGAGGAAAAAGAGGAGGAAGAGGAAGAAAAGGUAGUAAAAGAAAAGAAAGAGGUCAAGAGAACCAAGCGCUGGGGCCGAAGGUCAACAAGGGCAAAGAAAUACAUCAGCUACAGGUUUGAUGAGUUUGACGAAGCUAUUGAGGAAGCAAUUGAAGAGGAUAUAAAGGAGGCGGAGGGCGGAGGAGCGGGCCGGGGGAAGGACAUGGCCAAUAUCACGGGCCACAGAGGAAAGGACAUGUCCACCAUCCUACAGGAGGACGGGAAGGAAAACGGCCGGCUCCAGCGGCCCAGCGCAGGGCCGCGCAGGAAACGGCGGCGCCGCCUCAACGACCUGGACAGCGACAGCACCGUGGAGGAAGAGGAGAGCGAGGAAGAGUUCCGCAUCAGCGAUAGCAGUGAAGAGGAGGAGUUUGUGGCGUCGGAUAACGACGCAGAGAGUGACGCCGAGGCGCAGUGCUUGGACGACAGUGAUUUCGGCAGCGACGGCUGCGGCACCGUCGAGGCCUUUGCGUCCAGGCGGAGGGCGCCGCCACGGAGACGGAACAGACUGCCUCACAGGCGACGCAGACCCAGAGGUUACUCCGACGACGAAGAGCUGGAGGAAACCGAGGAGGAGGAGGAAGAAUUGGUGACCGAGGGCUCCAGUGAUUUCAACGACAGUGACCUGGACAUGCGUAGGCGGCGUUCCCACCGGAGCCGGAAGAAGCAGGUGAACUACUGCGAGACCUCAGAUUCCGACGGUUCGCAGGCCAGCGGCAACAAGGACAAGCCAAAGAACCGCAGGCGUCUGUCCAGCUCGGAGAGCGAUGCGAGCUUCCAUUCAGCGGACUCUGAUGAGGAAGAGCGGAAGGGUAUGAAGCGGCGGGCCGAGUCGUCGGGGGAGGAGUCUCACAAGCGACGCCGGCGCCUGUCCCUCAAGCGCAGGCGUGAGUCUGAGGAUGACGACGACGACGACGACUCGGACGAGUCAGAGGAAGAGGACCGGCCGGUGCGCAAGCGUGUUAACCGCAUCGAUUCUGAUGACAGUGAGGAAGAAGAAGAGGAGGAGGAGGAGGAGGAGGAGGAGAAGAAGAGCGUGGAGAAGGAGGCCGAGGACGUUCUGGGGAAGGGCGUUGGUUCUCUGGACUACAAUCUGGUGGAGCUCCCGCCUACCAACGGACAGAGCCCAAUGAAAGGCCUCGAGGGUUUCAUCUCGCGGCCCCCCGUAGGCGUGACUGCCCCAGCCCUCAUGGGUCACAUGGGCCUUAAAAACAGUGGUGGGCCGCCAGCCUUGGCCAUGGCCGCCAAUGGCCUGGUCCCCCAGGAGAUGGCGCCGCAGGACGAAGACGAGGAUGACCUUUUGGGGGUCACAGACCUCGUAGACUACGUCUGCAACAGUGAACAGUUGUAAGAUUGUUUCUUUUUUGUUUUGUUUUCCUCUUUCAUGGAGUUCUCUUCCCCUAUCCUGCACCCCUGUCAUUGUGUUUUGUUAACCAUUAUUGGGAUUUUGUUUUUGUUUGUCCGGUUUUUGUUUUGUCUUGCUUGUGUGUCAUUAACCAUGUUCCAAACAGUAUCAGGACACUCAAGCUAUCAGUUUUCAGUGAUGCCAGCUGGAAAGGCCGAAGACGACGUACGUGAGCACAGCUCUUCUACACGC